AAUGUGGUUCUUCAACAAAUUGGUAACCUUUCGCCUUGGCAAAAAAAAUGGGUGUCAACUCUAACAGGGUAGAAGAUUUCUCUAGCCAUAGAAUCAACACUGAGCCAGUAAUGCCAGGCAUGGAGAUACACACUGUUUGCUUAUCACCCAAAAAAACCACUCUCCAAAAACUCAAGCAAAGGCUUUCUGAGAUCUUCUUCCCUGAUGAUCCUCUCUACAGAUUCAAGAACCAAACUUGGCGCAAGAAACUGCUUCUGGGUCUUCAAUUUUUGUUUCCCAUAUUUCAAUGGGCACCCGAGUAUAGAUUAAAACUAUUGAGGUCUGAUAUCAUCUCCGGUCUAACCAUCGCUAGCCUUGCAAUCCCACAGGGAAUCAGUUAUGCAAAACUCGCAAAUUUGCCACCUAUAGUGGGACUAUAUUCAAGCUUUGUGCCCCCUUUGAUAUACGCUAUCCUUGGGAGUUCUAGCCACCUUGGUGUUGGUCCAGUCUCUAUAGCAUCAUUAAUCAUGGGAUCCAUGCUAAGUGAAACAGUUUCUCCUAGGGAUGAGCCAAUUCUUUAUCUGAAAUUGGCCUUCACUGCAACCUUCUUUGCUGGUUUAUUUCAGGCUUCUCUAGGCCUUCUAAGGUUAGGCUUUGUAAUUGAUUUUCUCUCAAAGGCAACUCUUGUUGGAUUUAUGUCUGGUGCAGCUGUGAUAGUAUCUCUGCAGCAGUUAAAAGGAUUGCUUGGAAUUUCUCACUUUACUAGCAAGAUGCAAUUUAUUCCUGUAAUGUCCUCAGUUUUCAAACACAGAGACGAGUGGUCCUGGCAAACAAUUGUUAUGGGCUUCAGCUUCCUGGUGUUUAUGUUGACGACAAGGCAUAUUAGCAUGAAAAGAGCAAAGCUAUUUUGGGUGUCAGCAGCAGCACCAUUAACAUCAGUGAUUCUCUCAACCCUUUUAGUGUUCUGCCUCAGAUCGAAGACUCACAAAAUCUCAUUUAUUGGCCAUUUGCCGAAGGGUUUGAAUCCACCUUCAGCUAACAUGCUGUAUUUUAGUGGUCCUGAUCUGGAACUGGCUAUCAAAACUGGCAUUGUAACUGGAAUUCUGUCUCUCACUGAAGGAAUUUCUGUGGGAAGGACAUUCGCAGCUUUGAAAAAUUACCAGGUGGAUGGUAACAAAGAAAUGAUGGCUAUUGGUCUCAUGAACAUGGCCGGCUCUUGUUCUUCAUGUUUUGUUACUACAGGAUCAUUUUCGCGGUCAGCAGUAAACUAUAAUGCUGGAGCACAGACAGCUGUUUCAAACAUCGUAAUGGCUACAGCUGUGCUAGUGACUCUAUUGUUUCUCAUGCCACUGUUUUAUUACACCCCCAAUGUUAUAUUGGGAGCCAUUAUCAUAUCAGCAGUAAUUGGUCUCAUAGAUUACCAGGCUGCGUAUUGUCUGUGGAAAGUAGACAAACUUGACUUCUUGGCUUGUUUGUGCUCCUUCUUCGGUGUGCUUUUCAUUUCAGUGCCUUUGGGUCUUGGAAUAGCUGUUGGAGUUUCAGUAUUCAAAAUUCUCCUGCAUGUCACCCGUCCAAACUCCUUAAUUAUGGGGAACAUAAAAGGAACUCAGAUAUACCAUAGCCUCAGCAGAUAUAAGGAAGCUUCAAGGGUUCCUUCAUUUCUCAUUCUUGCUAUUGAGUCACCCAUCUACUUCGCAAAUUCCACUUACCUCCAAGAGAGGAUAUUAAGGUGGAUUCGUGAGGAAGAUGAGUGGAUAAAAGCAAAUGACAGGAGUCCAUUAAAAUGCAUAAUUUUGGACAUGACAGCGGUGACGGCCAUAGACACAAGUGGUAUUGACUUGCUAUGUGAACUAAGAAAGAUGAUGGAGAAAAGAUCCCUUAAGUUUGUACUUUUCUCAUGUAGCUUGUGCUGGCAAAUCCCGUCGGAAGUGUGAUGGAAAAGUUACAUCAGUCUAAAAUGCUGGACUCGUUUGGCUUGAAUGGAAUAUACCUUGCAGUUGGAGAAGCUGUGGCUGAUAUUUCUGCAUUGUGGAAAUCUCAACCUGAUUUUCCGGAGGACUGCAAUGAGACGAGGCAAUGCAAAGAAACGAAGAGAUGACUUAACAUAAGGAGUUAAAAGCCCAUUAAGGAAAGGACUUUUUCCUCUGUUUUCUUGUUUCUUUUCCCUUUUGAAGGGAGUGUAUGGCCAUGAAAAUUUUGCUUCAUUUUAAUUAAAAUAGAUGAAAGACAUGUGCUGACCAUUACAAGUUGGUCUUUUUCAUAUUUUAAAAAUAUAAUAAAAUUACUAAAUUAUCCUGAAAAUAAAUUUUGUUUAAA